UGUCUUGGAAAGAAUCAUUUACAAUUAAUCUAUUUAUUUGAAAGUACAUACACGUUACCCGUAAGUAAGCUCAUAAAACAUUUUAAAAUCUUUUGAGUCUUUGAACAAAUUAAUUAUCUUUGUUUGAAGAUGUUAAAAAAAUAAAUAAAUCUGAUCAUAUUGACCGUGGAUGGCGCCCUGUGUGCCUUGCCGCCUUGUAGCUGUCAUUACGAAGUGUACACAAACAAACUUUCGGACGAUGUUUCUCGGCUCUUUGAUUGUUUUUCGAUAAAAUCCUGCCAAAAUGCUACCAAAUGCAUCGCUGAAAUCGAUAAUCGAUGAGGAAAUAAGUCUGGAAGGUCUUGAAGGAAGUACGCUCAACUCGCUAUGGAAUCACAUCGCAUUACGGCUGAAGACAGCGAUGCCACUGCCGCCGAAGCUGAUGGGCACAGUCUGGACGCUGAUUGUGCGCAAUCCCGAGUACGAGUUCUUCCUGCUGCUAGCCGAGCGGAAACCUUUUACACACUUUAACCGCCUCGGCAAAAUCGAUCCGGAAAAUGGGAUCCCGAUCCAGCCGAGCGAGUAUCCGGGCCAUCGGUUCGCGUACCGGCUGGUCGAAGAGAAUGGGGUGCGUGGUUCGUGCGAAGAAUAUGAUACGCGUACGCCAAUCCCGCGGGAGGAAUUGCGCACGAUUAGCUGCGUUGAGGCGGAGCAAAGAUAUGGACGUAAGUUUGUAAUUGUGGCGUCUCAGCGAAUGCGCGAAUCGUUUCUGAUCGUGCCGAACUGCACGGUCGAGCUGACGGGCAUGCAGUACUGCCUGCUCGAGUGGAUCGGUCGCUCCCGCUUCAAUGGGGAAACAUCGCACGGGAAGUUUUCGCUGGUGGAGGUAACGGGCGAUUCCAGCUCGCUGUUCUACCACCGAAAGGUGCUGAGCGGUGCUAAGCUGAUUACGCGCCAAAACCUCUCGAUCCGGGUGGACGAUAUAAGCAUCCAGGGCAUGGUGUUUCAUCUGCCGCGCUACUACACGGAGAUGAAAACGAAGCAGAUGGUGAUUGCCGAGCGCGUGGUGAACGAGCUGAAGCGCCGGGACCACUAUAUGGCCGACUACGAGGAGAUCAAGCUGAUGGUGUUGAACAAAUCGGAGGCGGGUAAAGUGUUUCGCACGCCCGAAUUUCAGCGCUACAUCAAAACGGACGAAUCCGUACCAUUUCGGACGCUCUAUCCGGAUGCGUCCAAAAACGCGUACAUGACAAAGCGUGGGGAAGAAAAGAUGGUACGCGUGAUGCGACUGAUCGACCCGAAUGCGGACGUGUACGAUGCGUGCAAUCGUGACGCGGCCGAGGAAGGUGCAGCUGAGGCGAAGGAAGGGUUUUUGGCCGGUGCGGACAGCAACUCGCUGUACGUCGACGUACCCUUGCUGCAGCUGGCCUACAAUGUGGUUGCGCAUCAUGGAGGGAAGGGCAUAUCGCAGUCGGAGAUGGCGCAGGAGAUGGGGCUGGAUAAGCUUAACGCGCGGGGCGUUGUGAAAAAUCUCGUCAAGCUGAAAGCCAUCGAAAGCAUGGCUGUGGAUGAAGGAAGACAGCGUACCUCGAAAUUCUUCAUACCGGGAAGCUCACAGCGGACGGCUGUGUUUGAGAAGGAAAUGUCCCAGUACGUAUCGAACCAGCUGAACGUGAUCGAAAGCAAGCGACAGCAGAUAUCUGCUGCUAUUAGUGCGAGCAUUCCGGAGCCAGCCGCCAUCAACAGCAAGGCCGAACCGAUCUCCGAUAUGAGCAUCGACGACAACCCUGGCACUGCUGGCUCUUCUGCUCUGUCGGUGCACAAUGUGAGCGAAAACAACGCGUUCGAUAGUACACUGCAGGACAAUAUCAUCACCGAUGUGAUCCUUACCGACAAGCUGAUGCUGAAGAAAGCGCAGAAAGGCAUCUCGAGCGCGAUGAAAUCGAAGCUGGUCAGCGAGUUGAUGCUGCGGCGUUGCAACUUCAUCAUCGAUCUCGUGAAGCAAGAGGAGGCGAUCGAACCCCGCGCCAUACUGAACCGGCUGAAGCAGGCAGAGUCGUCGAUUGGCAAUCAGUACACGGCGUGCAAUAAGUCGCUGAUGCGCCUGAUCGGUCGCCUGGCCGCCGACAAGUUGGUCAUGAUCGCGAACGUGACGAUGCGGCGGGAGGAUCGUGAAUUUCAGCUGGUGUACAUCUGCGAUCCUAAAAUAACGGUCGAUCAUCCCGGGUUACAGUCGAAGCUGGCCAUGGCGAAGACGCGCAUCGUGCUGCAAACGCAGUCCUCCAUCACGAUCCCGGACGCACCGACCGACGAUUCCGUCGAACCGAAGGGCUACCAUGGCUGUCUGCCCAAGUGUCCGCGCAUGAAGCUGUACCACGAGUACCUUUUCUAUACGGCGUACGUGCAGCCGAGGGACGCGCGCGAUAUCAGCGUAAGCGAGCUGAAGGAGAUCGAUCUCCGCGGGCUAGAUCCGGACGAAUUGUCGCCCAUCUACAGCGACACGAACGAUUGGAAAAUGUUCAUCCCACCGCUGAACCUGUACGAUGGGUACGGGCCCGGCUGGGUGCUGCUCACCGAUGCGGUCGUGCGCAUGCCGCUCUUCAUCUUCUGCUCGAUCUUUACCUUCUCGUUCUACACGCCCGCGCUGGAUUACUAUCUGAACCAUCCGAUACGCAAGUACAUCAUACUGAAGGAUCUGCCGGAUGCGGUGCGCGUGCAGUUGCUGGCCAGACGGCGCUACAUACACGCCACGCUGGACAUUACGAAGCUGCUGUGCUAUGCGGGCCUCGUUCAGAUGGGACCGCAGCUGCGCAAAACGCGCGACCAAACGUACGUGUACCUGAACCGGCACGCCUGCCUGCUGAACACCACCUCGUCGAAGGACAGCUACCACGAGAUCGAGGCGCGCAAGUACCCCGUCCUACGGUACCGCUUCGAAACGAUGGAUGAUCUGCAGGACUACUGGGACCGGCUGUUCGAUAUAUCGAUCUCGACUCGGCUAAACCUACGCAGCACGGCCAUCGGGCGGGAAGUGCAGGUGCAGCAGCUCAGCACCAAGCCGGCGCUGGUCGAAGCGCUAAAAGUACAAACGACCGACACCGCCCCGCUCAACGAUCGCCCAGAGCGAUUGCCGCGCGGUGACGGGAAGGGAGCAGCCGGCUUCGAUUCCGCCCUGUUUAUGCACCUGAAAACGAACUGGCAGAAGAUGGUCAACACGGCGUACAGCCGGCGGUUUGAUAAACACCGGCUGCAGUACGUGAGGCGCGCACUAAAGCUAAAGCAGAAGAAGGUCAAGACGGGCGGCGACGGUGGCGUCGCGUCGACCACGUCCGCUAGCACGGACAAACCGACCGUCACCGGUUCGGUGGUGCCGCGUAAGGUGCCGCGCAAAUCGAAGAUAAAAAAGCGCGUCAUCAAACCGCGCAAACCCUCGACCCGGCUGUGGCGCGAAACGUACGACGAGGUGGACAAGCGGGCGCUCAAACUGAUGAGCAACCUGCGCGUCAAGUGGUCCCCGGCCGAGGAUCAGAUACUGGUGAUGUGCCGCGUGGCGCAGCUGUACAUGUACGCUUCGCUCACCAUCAGCUGCCCGGUGAAUUCGUCCACCUUCCGGGACGUGCUGCACUGGGCCUGUGCCCGCUCGGUGAGCAAAACGUCUCGCGCCUGCCAGCGGCGCGUACUGUACAUGGGCAAGAAGGUGCCGGGCGUCGCGGACAUGAUACAAACCUGUCUCGAGGAGGUGAAGCAAAACCCGAUAAUAACCGAGCGCUUUGGGCCGGGGUUUGUGCGGAAGCUGCGCGAGCGGUAUACCGAAAGCGAAGAGUACAUGGUGGCGGCCCGCAUCCACUUCGUGCAGCUGGUGCACCUGGUCCGCCAGUACUGCACCAAUCUGGUGCGAAGCAUCAACACGGGCACCACGCAGACGACGCCGCGAGCUCCGCGCGACCGGAACAAUGAGCCGCGGCGCAGCUACCCGCGCAUACCGGGCACGAUCGAGGAGCUGCACCGGAAGUUCACCGUGACGGACACGAGCCACGUGGCGAAGCAGCUGAACUACGCGACCGAUCCGACCACCCUGCAGGAGCUGCAAAUAUACAAGCUGACCAUACUCAUGCACAGCGCGGUAACGCACGGCCGGACGCCGGACGCGCUGCAAAACGUGUACCGUGAGUUCUCCGAGAGCAUCCUGUCCGGGGCGAUGCGUCUGAUGCGCAACUACCAUCUCGUUUCGCUGAACAAGACGCUGAGAGGCGUCGGGACGAAGCUGCUCGUUACGCACACCUCGAACGCAGGCGAUCGUGAGCUGUACCACGUGUCGAUCCACUACCAGCAGCAGCUGAUGACAUCGCUCCCGUUCGAUCUGUUUCUGCCGAUCUUUGGCCAGUACAUGCAGCUGCUCGAUCGCGUCCGCUACGACGAGAUGUACGCGUACGAUGAUGACGCGCAGGGGCUGGUACUGCUGCUUAGCGAGCUGCUGGCGACCGGCCGCAUCGACGUACACAUCGACCAGGAAGCGAACUACAUCGAGGUGCGCGCCGACACGAAGGAAACGGUGCCAUUCUACACGGACGUGCUGGCGGAGCAGGAGUGCGGCUCGGGCCAGGAAGAACCAGCGUCCAGCGCACGAAAGGUGCCGCCCAAACCUGCCCAAACGCCCUUUAAAGCGCCCACUGACAAGGUGAAUCCGGCGGCAUCGCGCAAGCUGCGCUUUUCCUCGCAGAAGGACAUUACAUUCCAGUACGUUUCGCAUCCGGUCGAGCGGCUGCUGAAGGUACCGAUCGAGUACUUUCACUUUUUCUGCCUGCUCGAUCAGCUGCAGCAGGGCGAGCGGCGACUCAUUGCGCAGACGUUUAAAAUCGACGAUUCGCAACCGGCUCACUGCUCGCUGGCCGGAUGUGUUGGCGUGGGGACGAAAGCUAGCGGAGGUGCGCGUAAUGUCGAUCUGAUCGGUAGAUGCCUGGCGGUGGCACAGGGACGACAGGAACAGUUGGCGCGCAUUAGGCAGUACGCAAGCGACCGCACGCAGCGCAAAAAUCGCAUGGACGUUGCGAUGAUGUUCGAUGUGCGGGAGGAAAAUCUGCUGCCGUUCUUCAGCAAAUACAUUGCCGAGUUUCAGCAGCGGUGGGCCGAAAAGCAGAAGCGGGACGUGAAUCGUCAGACCCUGGCCGGGCAGGCGCUGGACAGGCACGCCGUCAACAUGGCCGAGCUGGCCGAGGACUGCCUGUCCUUUGACAGUGAGCUGCCCGAGUACAGUUGGCUCGAUCGGUACGAGCUGUCCAAUGCGCUCGAGGACGAGGAUGCGGGCGAGACGGAACAGGACGAGGAACGGCUGUACGGCAGCCUGACGGCGCUCAGCGAGAAAGUGUUUAAGCUGCACAACUUCUACGAAGUGACAAUCAUGAAGGUUCACAUUCGCAUGAAGCUGACGCCGGCAGAGCGUUUCAGCGCGGCGGCCCUGGCCGACCGGGAACCGUACGGCCAGUGGAAUGUGCCGCGAUGCUUCCUGCCGGAGGGUGCGAAGCGGCGCCGCGAGCUGCUGGUCAAGCUGACCAGCGAUGCGCUGUGGCCCGCGAUGGAGCAACUGAAACGGCCGCUGCACGAAGCGAUGUCCGUGAUCGAGCGCAACACGCACGCCUGCGCCUUGCUGGCGUACAUCGAGUCAAAGCAGUGGCUGGGUGCGACCGUGUUCGAGCUGGCCGCUUCCUUCCCGAACCACGCGCAGCUGAAGCAGCAUCUGCAGGCGCUGUGCGGGUUCAAGCUGUUGCUGCGUACCGGGUACCGUACCAUCACCUACGUGCAUUGGCAGUUUGUGGAGGAGUGGCUGACGAAGGCACCGGUACCGGAAGCCAUCAGCGGCCAUCGAUCCGGCGAGGAACAACCAAGCAGUUCAGCCGACCCGAUCAAAGCCGGUACCAAGCGUAAGGGAACGUCGGAUGUGGAAGAGCAGACGGCAAAACGGUCGAAAGGUGCCACAACCGAAGAGAAGAAUCGGCCGGAUACUUCCGACAGCAAAGCGGAAACAAAAAGGCCUAAGCGGAAGUAUAUGCUGCUGGCGAUGGCACCCUGGAUAAGGAUUGACGGUGUCGUCAAUAAGCGAUUGCUGUUCCGCUGGCUCACCUCAAUACUGCUGUACUGCGUAGCCCAUCCGGGCGUUCCGCUAAGUGUGCUGUUCGUACGCUUCAACAUGAUGCCACCGUUCUAUCUGAGGCAGCUGCUAGAGAUACUUCAAAAUUACGGUUGUAUUAGCAUGCAUUCGAUGCAGCACACGGCGAAGAAAACGAUCUUCUCCGUCUAUUCACCCUCCGCUGUUGUCCCACCCUCGGAGUUCCUUCCCGACGAACAAACGUACGUUGAGGUGGCAACCGAUGCGAUGAGCACGCUGUCCCUCUGCAUCGGAGAAAACCGCAAGUAUGGACAGGAUAUCUACGAUCCUACGCGGAAAAACCCCUAAACAGCAAGUGGGCCGAAUUUCCGCUUGAUUUUAAAAGCACACACAUUACGUGUCAUGUGUGUAUGUAUUUAUUUUUCAUAUUGACAUAAUAAAAUCACAAACGACGGUCCGUUUCAUUGACGCCAUAGCUACGGCCCUUACCACUUA